AUGGAGAGCAGACUCAGACCGCUCGGCCUCGGUGGCAUGCAGGUGCCUCCUUCCCUCCUGCGCCCUCCGCCUCUCUUCCUCCGGGCCUGCAACCCCAUGAUGGAGAGGGGAUACCCGCGCACCCCGAAGUGUGCCAGAUGCAGGAACCACGGCGUGGUGUCCGCGCUCAAGGGCCACAAGCGAUUCUGCAGAUGGAGAGACUGCGUGUGCGCAAAGUGCACGCUGAUAGCGGAGAGGCAGCGGGUGAUGGCUGCUCAGGUGGCUCUGAGGAGACAGCAGGCCCAGGAGGAGAGCGAGGCCCGGGAGAUGAGGAUCAUGUACUCCGGGCCAGGGCUCGGAGGAGGGGAACCGGGGAUCCCUCAGGGGUCACAUGUGGGCCCCGGGGUGCCGGCAACCACCAGCCACACUCCAACAGCUCCCAGUUUUGAUGCUUUUGGAAGAGAGAACCAUAAGGAUGAUGACAAACUGAGCAAGUACCACUUUUACAACGGAUUCAUGGGUCGACACCUCUUUGCAUCCCCCCACUCCACACAGCUGCACUCCCCAAGUGCCAAGAAGGAGUUGUCUCCCGGCAAAGACACCGAGGACAGUGCGAGUCCAUCCCCGGUGUUCGAUCAGGGCUCAGACCACACGGAGAGCCCCCCGAGGUCGAUCUCCUCCUCGGACCCCGAGUCAGGGAGCGAGACGGACAAACCCCGGGACACAUACCCGAGCCUGGAGCGCGACCCCACCGACAUCAUGGCUAAGAUUUUCCCGCAUCAGAAGCGGGACACGCUGGAGUCUAUGGUGAGAACGUGCAAAGGUGACAUUGUCAAAUCCAUCGAGCUGGUGUUGAGCUCCAAAGAGAACAAGAUCGACUCAGACAGCUCGUCUGUGUCUAACCACCCAAACGGGCUCAGGCCUCCUGUGGCACUGCCCGGAGCUCUCGGUGCGCUGGGGAACAAAUCCGCCUUCUCCCCGCUCCACAUGGCACCGCCGGCCGCCGGGGGAGAGAGCCUGUACGGCCUCAGUCCUCGCCUCGGCCUCAGCCCUUUACGGCUGGCCUACUCCUCUGCAGGCUUCAUGUCCCCGUACAUGUCAUCCGGACUGAUGCCAAUGUUCCCAAUGCGUCCGCCCCUGGACUCGUAUUCUUUCCCAGGCAUGAUCCGUGACCUUUCCUACCUGCAGAGCAAAGAGGCUCUGUGCAACACAGGCCUGUACGCACGACUGAACAGCGACAAAUGA